AUGAGCAUACAAACUGAUUCCGAUAAGCGCAAGCAGAUAUCUGUUCGGGGUAUCGUUGCUGUUGAAAAUGUUACAGAAGUAAAGAAGGCUUUUAAUCGUCAUGUGCAUUAUACCUUGGUAAAGGACCGAAAUGUCGCUACUCCAAGAGAUUAUUAUUUCGCUCUUGCACAUACUGUUCGUGAUCAUCUUGUUUCACGCUGGAUCCGCACUCAACAAUAUUACUAUGAAAAAGAUCCCAAGAGGGUCUACUACUUGUCCUUGGAGUACUAUAUGGGUCGAUCAUUGCAAAAUACAAUGAUUAAUCUGGGUAUCCAGGGCACUGUAGAUGAGGCUUUGUAUCAGUUGGGCUUAGAUAUUGAAGAAUUAGAGGAACUUGAGGAAGAUGCUGGUCUCGGUAACGGGGGACUUGGUCGUUUGGCAGCUUGCUUCCUCGAUUCCAUGGCUACUCUUGGGUUAGCAGCAUAUGGCUAUGGCAUCAGGUACGAGUACGGCAUAUUCGCGCAGAAGAUCGAAAACGGGGAACAGCAGGAGGAGCCCGACGACUGGCUCCGGUUCGGCAACCCGUGGGAGAAGGCGCGCCCAGAGUUCAUGCUGCCGGUGAACUUCUACGGGCGUGUUGUCGACACCCCGCAAGGCAAGAAGUGGGUGGACACUCAGGUGGUGUUCGCGAUGCCAUACGAUAACCCGAUCCCCGGUUACAACAACAAUGUGGUAAACACGCUGAGGUUAUGGUCCGCCAAGAGCCCGAUCGAUUUCAACCUCAAGUUCUUCAACUCCGGAGACUACAUCCAAGCUGUCUUAGACCGAAACGUUGCCGAGAACAUUUCUAGAGUGCUUUAUCCCAACGACAACUUCUUCGAGGGCAAGGAGUUGCGUCUGAGGCAGGAGUACUUUAUGUGCGCGGCUACCCUGCAGGACAUCAUAAGGAGAUACAAGGCGUCCAAAUUCGGCUCCCGCGAGGCCGUCAGGACGACGUUCGAGAGCCUUCCCGAAAAGGUGGCAAUACAGCUCAACGACACCCACCCCGCUCUAGCCAUUCCCGAGCUGCUCAGAAUAUUGAUUGACAUCGAGAAAGUUCCGUACGAAGAGGCCUGGAGUCUGGUAGUGAAGUGUUGCGCUUACACCAACCACACGGUGCUUCCCGAGGCGUUGGAGCGAUGGCCCGUCUCAAUGCUGGAGAACUGCCUGCCGAGGCACAUGCAGCUGAUAUACCACAUCAACUUCCUCCACCUGCAAGAGGUGCAGAAGCGCUGGCCAGGCGACACGGACCGCCUGCGGCGCAUGUCCCUAAUAGAGGAGGAGGGGGAGAAACGCGUCAACAUGGCGCACCUGAGCGUGGUGGGCUCGCACGCGGUGAACGGCGUCGCCGCCAUCCACUCGGACAUCCUCAAGGCGACCAUCUUCCGCGACUUCUACGAGAUGUGGCCGGAGAAGUUCCAGAACAAGACGAACGGCAUCACGCCCAGGCGGUGGCUGCUGCUGUGCAACCCCGGCCUGUCGGACCUGAUAUGCGACAAGAUCGGCGACGAGUGGACCGUCCACCUGGAGAAGUUGCAGCAGCUCAAGCGCUGGUCCAAGGAUCCCGCCUUCCAGCGGGCAGUGAUGAAGGUGAAGCAGGAGAACAAGCUGCGGCUCGCCUCGCUCAUCGAGAGGGACACCGGGAUCAAGAUCAACCCGGCGUCCAUGUUCGACAUCCAGGUGAAGCGGAUCCACGAGUACAAGCGCCAGCUGCUGAACAUCCUGCACGUGAUCACUCUUUACAACAGAAUCAAGCGCGACCCCACGGCCGCCAUCACUCCCCGCACGGUUAUGAUCGGCGGGAAGGCCGCCCCCGGAUACUACAUCGCCAAGCAGAUCAUCGCACUGGCUUGCGCGGUUGGCAACACCGUGAACAACGAUCCGGACGUCGGUGACAAGCUGAAGCUGAUAUUCCUCGAGAACUACCGUGUAACACUGGCGGAGCGCAUCAUGCCGGCGGCCGACCUCAGCGAGCAGAUCUCCACGGCGGGAACAGAAGCUUCUGGAACUGGCAACAUGAAGUUCAUGCUCAACGGCGCCCUCACCAUCGGCACUAUGGAUGGAGCCAACGUGGAAAUGGCGGAAGAAGCCGGUGAGCAGAACAUGUUCAUUUUCGGCAUGAGGGUGGACGAUGUUGAGGCACUCCAAAAGCGCGGGUACAACGCGUACGAGUACUACGAGCGCAACGCCGAGCUGAGGCAGUGCAUCGAGCAGAUCCGCAGCGGCUUCUUCUCGCCGAGCGAUCCCGGCCGCUUCGCCAGCGUGGCCGACGUGCUGCUGCACCACGACCGCUUCCUGCACCUGGCUGACUACGAGGCGUAUAUCCAGGCCCAGGACAAGGUCUCCGCCGUCUACCAGAACCAGGCGAAGUGGGCCGAGAUGGCUAUCGAGAACAUCGCGUCUUCCGGAAAGUUCUCCUCCGACCGGACCAUAGCGGAGUACGCGCGCGAAAUAUGGGGCGUGGAGCCCUCCUGGGAGAAGUUGCCCGACCCCCAUACGUCCGCU